CACUUGCAAUUAAUUUGUUGCUUGAGCCACGCCCUUUUGUUAAGAGGAAAGAAAAGAAUGAGCUCAAAGGAGGAUUUAAUGAGAGAAGUAGAGGAGCUGGAGAGGGAGGUCUCCUCUCUACAGCAGAAGAUUUUAACAGAGGGAAUUGAGACAAGUACUUCUAAAGAUGCACGUAAGAUGUAUGGUGACACAACUCCUGGUGACAUAACACAUCAAGACGUCACUCUUGAAUACUCAGGGUUCUUUAAGCAUGCCUUCCGGAACUUACCCAAAGGACUAAAGGAAGACAUGGAGAAAUUUGAAAUAUGGGAGAUGUGUGCAGAAAUAAUGAAGGAAUCAUAUGAAGCAAACAAAGAAGACAUUGUUGAUAGGAUGAUAAAUAAGAUGAAGGAGUCAUUGCUUAAUGCGAGUGGCUCAGGGAGUGAAGAAGAUCGGAUCGAUGCUAUUAGAGCCUUCACUUACCUCUUGCAUCAAAUACCAGUGGAGGAACUAAGAAAGGAAUGUGUUGAUGGUAAAGAAGCAGCAGAUGUGAUAAUGGAUAUAUUGACACUGUUACCUGGUACUCAACAUCAGAAGCUUAUUCAGAGCAAACCUGACCAUCCUCCACCCACUAGUGGACCAGCUGUAGCAAAACAUGGCGAGAUUAGUAGAGUCCAAAGGUUUUGUUCAGCCUGUGAUAAACCAUUAACUGAGAGUCAGCUGUCUGAUCCUCAACAGGUUGUUGCAGCUAGUGAGACUGUUUUCUUCCAUGCUAAGUGUAUGAAAUGUCAUCACUGCAAGAGAAAGAAUGAUUUAAGUGUCUGUCAAGUUGGUGGAGUCAAAAACUUGAGAUUAGUCUGCCAAUCCUGCUUAAGGAGCCAUGGUUAUGAUAUUGUUUAGAGACAAGUUUCUUUCUUUAGCUUUCCUCCUCCUCUUUCUCUUCCUUUAUUUUACUACAACUGUUAAUGUACAACCACAGUUAGUUUUCAUUAUUGGAACAAGAAGAUAUAAAUGUACUAUAAUUAUUUUUAAUGUGGCAGUAUGCCAUAUUUACAUUCA